UCGGUGUCGCAAUGCGGAAGGUUCCCGCCUCAUCCUAGUAGAGCUGAGUUAGUGUCGAAUCCUGCUGUCGGUUCUUAUACCUAGUGAUAGCCAGAGAAACGAUCCAGGAUAGAAUCCUGCUCGAUUCUUGUUCGGUUGAAGGGUUAGGGUUAAUAGCACUGAAUUCCGCAAGUUGGUGAUUUAAUCAAGUGUUCUCCUCCGACCAACGAAUAUCCGUUCUGGGAAGAACAAACAAAAUAAGAAGUGAUUGUGAACCCCAAGAAUUCCAACUUUGUGUAGUGACUUGCGUUGGAAGAGAAUGCAACAUUGUGAAUAUCCGUACCAAAACGGAGUGCAGGAAAAUUAGGGUUGUUUUUCGCAUUUUUCAUUUGUUUCAAAUUGAAUCCUCACGAUCUCCGAUUACGUUUCGCGAAACACACCAGGCAGAGUACGCUGUUUGAAGAGACUGCGGUCAGAAGGGAGGGAAAACAAACAUUCCCGCAGCCCAGUUGGCAAGUCACGGACGUUCCAAAAAUAAAGUGCCGUGUGCCCUCGAAAGUGUGCUGCAGCCUUGGAGCGAUCGAGACAUUCUGCACGCACCAGACAGAUAACGGAAAUAUUUUUGUUUUCUUUCGGAACCGACAGACAGUGCGCUAAACGUUGAGGUGUUGAUAUUCGGGUGUUUAGUGAAGGACUGGGUCCAUAUUUGGAGAAAUUCCGUGCGAAGGAGGAACGCUGUUGUGAGGCAAGCGUUGAUUCUUCAUCUGCAAUCGUAAAAUCUUCAACAAUAAGGUGUCAUAUUUUUCUUCAACCGUAAAAUCCGUUCAGAAGUUAAAAAGGAAGCACCACACUUGUUUUCAACACGUUGAAUUAAAUUCGGAGGAAAACUUCAACCGCCCAACCAUCCAUCUCGCCGUCCUCCUGUGGAACUCGUCCCGUAACGUAGCAACGCCACGGAAACCAACGCACAGACAGGCAGUUGAAAAGUUAUGGCUAACCCACAUCUAAAGUGGGCGUUAGUCCUUCUCGGCACAUGGGCGCUGCUACCGACCAAUAUCGAAGCCGCCGCUCGAUUCGAGUGCCAGGAGGAGGGAUUUUUCGCUGACCCGAACGACUGCAACGCUUUCCACCGAUGCGUACAGGAAGGGGACCAUUUUACCUCAUACAUGUUCCGCUGCGGACCGGGAACGGUUUAUUCCGAGAUUGAGAGUACCUGCGUUCAUCCUAGUAACUCCGAUCGGCCAGAAUGUGGAGGUGGAAACAAUGAAAUUGACGGCGGUUCAAAUGACAAUGCUGCUCCAGAGGCCAGUGCACCGGAACAGUCGCAAGCACCGCAGCAACCUCAGGAACCAGAGCAAGAACAAGACGAGGGUUUGCAACCGCCAGCUCCGCCAGAGCCAGCUGACAACGAAAAUGAUCUGAAUUCGAACGGUGACGAUGGUGGUUAUCAUUAUGAAAAGCCAGAAGGAGCCAAUGAAAAUGAUUUGAACUCCAACGGUGGCGAUGGAGGGUAUCACUAUGAAAAACCAGCGGGAGCCGAUGGCGGGGAAACUUCGGCUGGGAAACCAGCAGAAGCCGAUGGCGGGCAAACUCCGGCUGGGAAUCAGAAUGAGAACAGCUCUUCGCCAUGUAGCGAGGAAGGGUUUGUUGGUGAUCCAGUCGACUGUCAAGUGUUCUACCGUUGCGUAUCGAAUGGCAAUGGCGGCUUCAUGACUUAUUCCUUCCGCUGUGGUGAUGGAACCGUGUGGGAUGACCAGAUCAAUGCCUGUAAUCACGAUUACGCCGUCGAAAGGUGCUCCAAGCGAGCGGAGAACGAUUACGUAGUGAAUAUGGAGUCCUUCAGUCAGUCAAACGCGUCAGCCGAGCAAAAUUCAUCCCAAAGCAGUGGAUCCAUGACAGAAAACGGCGUAACAACAAACACGACCUCGUCACAAUCCAACGCCAGCAAUUCCAUGAGUAACUACCAGAAUAUGACCACAAGUACUAGCGAUGGAAAUGGAAGCUCACAGUCGUCACAAUCGUCACAGUCGUCACAGUCUUCAUCUAGCAGCUCCAGCAGCACGAGUAGUAGCAGCAGUUCAAGCUCCUCGUCAUCAUCCAGUAACAAUCAAUCUAACAGUAACAACCAGGGUUCCAGCAGUCAAGGAUCGAACAGCAACAACCAGUCGAACAAUAACAACCAAGGUUCCUCUCAGAGUAGCCAGUCAAGCGGCAACAACCAGUCGAACAGCAACCAAAACGGAUCUUCUAGCAAUAAUCAAUGGAACAAUCAGAGCCAGGGUCAGAGCAGCAGCAGCAGCAGCAACCAGGGAUCGAACAACCAAAGCCAAGGAUCUAAUCAAUCGAACAACAAUCAACAACAAUCGAGUAGCAAUCAACAACAAUCGUCAAAUAAUCAACAACAAUCGUCCAAUAAUCAAUCAAACAAUAAUCAACAACAAUCAAGUAGCAGCCAACAACAAUCGUCCAAUAAUCAAUCAAACAACAACCAACAACAAUCAUCGAAUAAUCAGUCGAACAAUAACAAUCAAAAUAACAGCAACAAUCAAUCAAGUAAUAAUAACCAGAAUAAUCAGAACAAUCAGAACAAUCAGUCCAGUCAGAGUAAUCAGAACAAUCAAAACAAUCAGAAUAAUCAAAACAGUCAGAACAGUCAAAACAAUCAAUCGAAUCAGAAUAAUCAAAGUAACCAGAACAAUCAGAAUAAUCAGAGCAAUCAGAAUAAUCAGAGCAAUCAGAACAAUCAAAACAAUCAGAAUAAUCAAAACAAUCAGAAUAAUCAAAACAAUCAGAAUAAUCAAAGCAACAAUAACAACCAGAGCAAUCAGAACAAUCAGAGUAAUCAGAAUAAUCAGAGCAACAAUAACAACCAGAACAAUCAAAACAAUCAAGGAAGCAGCAGCAGCAAUCAAAACUCUCAAACCAACAAUAACAAUCAAAGCAAUCAGGGUCAAUCCAGUGGAUCAAGCCAGCAAGGCCAAAACGGAUCCUCCAAUAACCAAAGUGGACAGCAAGGGUCCUCGGAGCAAUCGAACCAAGGUAACGAAGGAACCACCCAGGCUCCAGGGACCACAUCUUCUACUGUUGCUCCGUCAUCGUCGUCGCCGUCGUCGUCUUCGGGAACCGAAGCGGUCGAAACAUCUCCGACCACUGCCACCCCGACAUCGCAAUCAACGGAGGAUGAUGCUGACAAGGGUGCCAACGAAAUACAAACUACAUCGUCGUCAGCGACAACUGCGGCUACUACCACGACUACAGCAGCAACCUCCUCCUCGACGUCGAUGACGACAACCACCGCCAAACCCAGUUCGACUACGACUGGCACUAAUGAUGGCGAUUCACCUGCUUGCAAGGAGGAUGGCUUCAUGGGUGACCCCAAUGACUGUCAGAAAUUUUACCGCUGCGUGUCGAAUGGCCAAGGAGGAUUCACGAAAUAUGAAUUCAUGUGCGGCAAUAACACCGUGUGGGACGAUAGUAUUUCAAACUGUAAUCACGAUUGGGCAGUCGAGAAUUCUACUUGCCGACGGGGAAUGUCACAAGGAGCCGGUGGUGAUUCCAGUAAACCAAGUAACAACAACAAUAACCAAGGCUCGAGCGGACAGAGUGGAACUGGACAAGGUCCCAGUGGUUCCAACAACAAUAACCAAGGACCUAGUGGCCCAAGCAACAAUAAUCAAGGACCCAGCGGUCCAAAUAACAAUAACCAAGGACCAAGCGGUCCAAAUAACAAUAACCAAGGUCCUGAUGGCCCUGGUGGACCAAAUGGAGGCGGACAAGGACCAGAUGGUCCAAAUGGUCCCAGCGGUCCAAAUGGUUCGAAUGGUCCAAGCGGUCCAAAUGGGCCGGAUGGUCCCAAUGGCUCAGGGGGUCCUAAUGGUCCAAGUGGUCCUAAUGGUCCUGGUGGUCCUGGUGGUCCUGACGGUCCUGAUGGACCAAAUGGUCCUGAUGGUUCCGGAAGCCCAGGCGAUAAUGGAGGAAAUGGACCACAGGGACCCACUGGGCCAGAAGGUUCUGGGGGUUCAGGCUCGCAAGCGCCAAGUGAAGGAUCUACGGGCCAAGCACCGUCCGGUUCACAGCAGCAGGAAAAUAAUUCCACAUCAACCGUACCGCCAUGUCAACAAACGACUACUACAAGUUCCCCGGCAGUACCGGCGGGAAGCAACGGUGUUUGCGAGCGAGAAGGUUUCAUGGAACAUGAAUCGAACUGUAAGAAAUUCUAUCGAUGUGUUGAUAACGGAAACGGAGGUUACACGAGGUAUGAGUUCAAUUGUGGAGCUGGUACAGUAUGGGAUAAUGAUAUUCUGGCAUGUAACCACCCGCAAUCCGUACAAAACUCAAAAUGUGGAAGUGGAGGCCAAAGUCCAUCGAGCGGUGAUGGACGCCCUGAAGGAAGCCCGAACGGGCCUGGCAAUACUUAUCUACCUCCAGAACAAUCAAGUUCUACCGAAUCGAUGCCAGCAGAAACAUCCUCAUCCAGCACCACCGAACCGCAAGAAACAAUGACUCAAGCACCUUCUUCAAGCAGCAAACCAGCUGAAACUACGAGUGCUGGUCAGGAAACAACUUCUGCUACUGAAAGUACUGAAUCACCGAAAGAGGAAACCACCCAAGGACAGCAAACUACAACAUCGAGCCAAGAAACCUCACCAGCAAGCACCGACAGUACCGAAUCACCAAAAGAGGAAACUACCCAAGGACAGCAAACUACAUCAUCAAGCCAAGAAACUACACCAGCAAGCACAACCGAUCAACCGACCACAACUCAACCCAAUAAGACAGAAGAAACUACGACCAUGGCAGCUGCUGAGCAAACCACAGAAACCCAAUCAUCAACCACUCUUUCCCCUGAGGGAUGUGAAUCGGAGGGCUUUAUGCCCCAUCCAGAGGACUGUCGGAAGUUCUUCCGCUGUGUUGACAACGGAAACGGAGGCUACACCAAACAUGAAUUCAAAUGUGCCGACGGAACAGCAUGGGAUCAGAAAAACCAAGGUUGUGAUCACGAGUACAAUGUCGAAAACUGUGGAGCUGAUCGACCACCGGAGCCAGCACCGGAACCAGAAGCCCAAAGCACGCAGUCUCCACCGGAUUCAGAAAAUCAAGUGACUACCACGGCUUCAUCGUCGGAAUCUACAAACCAAGAAAGCACCGAAAAAACUACAAGUUCUGCCCCUGAAUCCACCACUCAAGAAGGAACAACCCAAGGAUCAAGUACUCAGGAAACUACACAAGAAACAACAACAGCGGCUGAAUCAACUACACAGUCGCAACCAAAAACAACGCAGCCUACCUCGACGAACGCCGCUCAAGAAACUACAACAACAUCUUCCAGCUCAGAAACAACAACGACAUCAGCACAGGAAACAACAGCACCUGAAAGUCAAUCUACACAGCAACCCACUGACGGAACAACAACGACAGCAACAGACACUACCACUACCUCGGAAUCUCAAACGACUACAACAGCAGACACGACACCAUCCGAAGAAAAGCAAGAAACUACAACGGCCAGUCAGGAAACCACCUCCAGCCAGCCAUCGAGUGGAAAGUGUACAUCGGAGGGUUUCAUGGCCGAUCCAAACGAUUGUAAAAAGUUCUACCGUUGCGUUGACAACGGUAAGGGCGGUUUCACAAAAUACGACUUCACCUGCGGCGAUGGAACCGCUUGGGACCAAGAACUGCAAACAUGUAACCACGAAAACGUAGUUGAAAUGUGCGGCGGACAGUCAGGUAACAAUAAUGAGUCAUCAACUAGCUCCUCCACAACAUCAUCAUCACCAUCAUCAUCAUCAGAAACAACCACUUCCUCUACCACUUCUUCUCCCACAUCUCAGUCCUCCACAACAAGCAUGACAACCUCUUCCUCAAGCAUGACUUCCACUACCACUUCACCUCCAAGCAUGUCUAGCACAACCCAAAGCAUGACCACUACCACCUCUAGUACGACUAGUACAACUACUAGCACUUCAAGUACGACCCCAAGCAUGACAACCACCUUAUCCAGCACGGAAGCUUCCACAUCAACAACCGCUUCAUCAACCACAAGCAUGCCAUCUUCAUCCACAUCCAUGAGCAUGGAAUCAUCGACAUCAUCACCAACUCCGGUAAAUUGUACCGAGGCAGGCUAUUUUCCGAAUCCUGACGAUUGUACAAAAUUCUAUCGAUGCGUCGAUUGGGACGGAAUGGGCGAAAGCUUUUCCGUAUUCCAUUUCGACUGCCCGGAAGGUACAAUCUGGGAUCCUAGUGUAAAUACGUGUAACCACGAGAACAGUGUCUCGCCUCCGAGAGACUGCUCGGGAAAGUCUACAACCGAAGAACAAUCAUCAUCAACCGAGCCAAUGACCACUAGCAGCACAGAAGCUAGUGCUGAAUCUACCACUUCUGUUUCAGGAGAGCAAAGCUCAACCAGCAGCCCCACCACAACGGAGCCUGGCAUGCAGACAACUACAGCAGCGGCAAGCCAGGAAUCUACCACAGCUCAAGAAACUACAGCAAGUCAGGAAACCACGACGAUUGCAGCACAGGAGACUACCACUCAAGCUGCUCAAGAAACUACGUCAAAACAGGAAACAACUACCUCGUCGACGGACCAAGAAACAACCGCUCAACCAGAACCAGAGACAACUCAAGAAACAACGACACAGAGCUCAUCGACGACAACGGCUGCCAGUGAAGCUACCACAACUCAAGAACCAGGAGAGACUACAACGCAGUCUGCAUCGGAAGCCACAACCCAGCAAAGCACUGAAAGCACAGCACAACCCGAACAAGAGACAACCGCACAACCUACCGAAACAACCACUCAAUCCACCACCGCUGAAACAACCGCUCAGCAAACCGAAGCUGCACAGGAGACAACGAAUGAACCUGCCCAAGAAACUACAACGCAGGGAGCAGCCCAAACCACAACUACGGAAGGCACUACUACCGAAUCCCAAACUGAAGCUGGUGAAGAAACUACAACUCAAGGUAACGAACAAAAACCGACCACUGCCAAGCCGGACGAAUGCCCAGAAGGUUGUCAGAGCAAAUGUCCACCAGUUGAAGAAGGCCAGGCUAGCUUCGUUUGUCCGACAGGCUUCCGACGGCACCCGCAAGACUGCAACAUGUUCUAUCAGUGUACGCAGAAACAGGACAGCCUAGACUACAGCAUUGUGGUGUUCAGCUGUCCAAAUACAACCGUCUACAACGAGGAGGGAACCCAAUGCAAUGAGCCGGCUAAAGAUGCCGAUGAAUGCCAAUCGUCUGGUAUGCGAUUCCUCCGCAGUGCUAUGGGCCCUAAGAUUAAAAUGAUGCAACUUCAAACAAUGAAACCAAUGUGUCCAUCAGAGGGUCACUUCGCCCUGGAGGAUCAGAAAUGCAGCUCCACCUUCGUUCGCUGUCUGAGUGGCGAGGGACGUAACAGUGGCACACUCAUGCCGAGCAUGUACCGCUGUCCGAAGGGCUACGUCUACUGGAGUGUUAGCCGACGGUGCGAGAGAGUAGCCAAAAUCCCGGAGUGUCGCAACACCCCGAUGCAAGAACGAUCUGAACUGCCGGUAGAGUGGAUCAACAUUGGUAACCGCCGCCGAAGCCUGUUCUGAGUGAACAGUUCUCCGCGCUUCCAGAGGAAAUACUCAGAAAUUGCACAAGCAGAAACGGAUAGUCAACGAUUGGUGAAACGAUCAAGACGCGCGUGAUUAGUCUCAUAAGCUAGCUAGACGUAGUUUUAGAAUAAACGUAGAUAUACAUACCGCUUUUUGGAAGACUGCCAACAGAACAGAUUCGUAACAAUUCUUUUAUUGGUUCGAUGCUCUAAAAGAACCAUACGGACAAACAAUUACACGAUUAGAGACAUCUAUCUAGUUCUAGUCAAGAUGUCAAACUUUAACAUACCGCCACUCAAAAGCCAUACCGAAUCAUAACGAAAAAGGAGAAAAAAUCUAAAAUACGUGCAGAUUACGAACAGCAAAACAUUAGUCAUUUAAAAGUGUAGGUAUUUAUUCUCAAAUGUACAUAUUUUCCGACCUUCCGCGAGAAGUGAAAAUAGCAGCGAAGUUAGGAUUAGUGCGAUAGGGAAAAUAAUCUGGGUUUCACGUCCAGUUCGUGUCACAGUUGCCGAGCACAGCCCUGCCGUACGGUACGUUACCAAGAUGGGUUCGCCUGUGGUCGCAGCCAUUUCCUGGAAACGAGUCCCUCUUGCCUCCGUUGAGCAAAAGAGGGAUUCCGAUUGUUUUCGGAGAAAGGUGCCACCCCGGAGCACUGUGCGCGAACUAUUUGUGAAUAAUAAUGUUUGGAAUAAAUUUUCAAUUUUAAAACAAGAAACAGGACAGUGUAGGUACUUAGGUUGACAAUGAGAAAAUAAAUGUAAUUUAUUGUAA